AUGGCCUACAAUCCAUACGGAGGCAACCCAUAUGGCCCUCCUCCCUCCUUCAACGGCUUCCCUGGCGUGGGCGGUGCGCCUGGCAUGGCCCCGCCGCCUGGUCUAGGCCCUCCACCAGGCAUGUCCUCUGCCCCUGGGAUGGCACCUCCUCCAGGUGUCCAGCAAGCCAAUUCUCCCGCACAAGCUAAUCGACCAAGUGGACUGCCCGCCUCCUUCCAGCCGCCUCCCAACCUGCCCAACAUCAACUUUAACGCUCCCGUGAUCCGCCUCGGCUCCUCCUCAUUACCCCCCAAGCCAGCAGCCUCCGCAGCACCUGACCGCAGGGAGUCUAAUGCGCCACCCUCGGCUGGUGGCGGCAGGCCCGGCCUGGGCGCAGAUAGGAAUCUCGAACAGUCUCGCGCCGCCGUCAGAGAGAGCAUGCAGGCCCUACAGGCACCCACCCAAGAAGAGCGAUUACGAACUAUAUUCUUGCAUCAGAUCCCAGAAACCUUGGGUGGCGACGAAGGCGUGGAAAGGUUCUUGGGCCUUGUCGGCAGGCUGCGCCGUUGGGACUCGGCAAAAUCAAAUUUAUCAGACCACAAGGGUGAGCUUUUCGGUUUCGCCCAGUAUGACGACCCUGAUUCUCUGGCCACUGCUGUCGAGCUGCUCAAGGAUAUCGAGUUGCCCGUCAAGAAGCAGGAGCCUACCGAUGGCCCUGUCAAGGACGAGUCCGGCGACGCUGGCGACGAUGAGCCGUUCAAAGGCAUAGAGAAAGCCAAGCUACAAGUCACCGUUGACGAAAGCACGCUGAAGUUCCUCGAGACAUAUGAGGAGAACAGACCCGACGACAGCGGAAAGGAGGCAAGGCUGGAAGCAGCAAGAGCUGCGUUGAAACAGGCGGUUCAUGACCUUUUCUAUCCCCCUCUACGCAAGACGCAAGACGGCGAGGGAGAUGUGACUAUGGGUGAUGCCAACGGGUCAGGCGAAAAUGUGGAGGUCAUCAACAUCCCUAUAGCACAGGAAGAUGAAUUGGCAGACAUCCCGGCCGAGAUGAGAGAGGUCGUCGCCCAGGAAAUCGCCGCUUUCCGUGAUAGGAGCAUUCGUCGGGAUCUGGAGCGACUGAGGCGGGAAGAGGAGAUGGAAGAGAUGGAGCGGGCGCGUAACGGCGCUGCACGGCCAUCACGAGACUCGCCUCCACCUGGCGCUAAUUCCAUCCCGCUCGGUCCCCGGGGUGUACCGAACGCACCAUCUGGGCCUCGCGGUGCAGGUCGUGGUGUUGCCUUUAUCAAUGGUGCGAAUGGUGACGGAUCAUAUAAUCGUGACGACGAGGAUACUGAUGCGAGCGAUAACGAGCUCCAUCAGAGGGAAGUAGCCAAACACAAGGCCGAGGAUGACAAGCAGUAUCUCGAGGCAGAGCGGAAGUGGGUCAACAGAGAGCGGCAACGAGCCGCCGCGCUUGAACGUGAGACAGAUCGCGAGAAGGCCGAGGCUGACAGCAUAAACCAUCGCAUCGAGGAGCAGCUCGAGCGCGAGAAGAACUGGGACGACGAGAAGGAGGCCGCGCGUAAGACGCACCCCUACUAUCGCGACCAUGCGGCAUGGGCACGGAAACGCGCCCAGGAUCGUGCAGAGGAAGAGAACCGCGAUGAGGCGGAUCGCCGGGCCGAGCAAGCAGAGCGCCGGCGCGAGGCGGCGGAGAUGGAGCAGGCUAAGGACAUGGCCGACUCAUUCCUCAACCAGCAGGCGCAGGAGAUCGAGCAGAGACAGCAGCAAGCCGCAGCUGCGGCCCCCGCACGCUUCACGAUGUCCCUGGGCGCGGCGGCGCAAAAGGCGCAACAGCGCGCCGGGCCGCAGCGCAGGACAAUGGCCGAGGUGGAAGGUCUGCUGGACGAUGAGGAGAACGAGCAGACGACUAAGAGGCAGCUGGUGCCGAUCAAAUUCGAGCCACUGGGCCCGGGCGACACCAAGGCCAUGAGCGAGGAGGAGAUCCAGCAGGCGGUCAAGUCACUGGCUCAGGAGAUCCCGACCACCAAGGAGGGUCUGUGGGGGUGGGACGUCAAGUGGGACUACCUGGACGACUCGGCUGUGUCGGACAAGCUGCGGCCCUUCAUCGAGAAGAAGGUUGUCGAGUACCUGGGCGUGCAAGAGCAGCUGCUCGUCGACGUCGUCGAGGAGCACCUGCGCCGCCGGUCCAAGCCUGCCGAGCUGGUUGACGAGCUUGAGGGCCCACUCGAGGACGACGCCGAGGACCUGGUCAAGAAGCUCUGGCGCAUGGUCAUCUUCUUUACGGAGAGCGAGAAGAGGGGGUUGCCUGCUUAG